AUGGCCCCUCUCUGCACCUCGGAAGAGGUGAAUCUGCUCGUCUACCACUAUCUCAAAGAGUCCGGCUUCCACCAUGCUUCCUUCUCGUUGCGGCACGAGUCGCGUCUCGACGACACUCCACUCUCCAAGGAGGCCAUCGUAGAACCUGGUCAGCUCGUGCGCUUCCUCCAAAAGGGUCUCCUCUAUGCUUCCGUAGAGGCGCACGUCGCCGACGAUGGCUCCGAGAAGCCUUGCUCGGCAGCCUUCCAUCUCAUUGGGCCACCACACGUGUGCGACGGCAAUCCUCGUCCAACGCCUCCCCCAGCACCCGCCACACGCCUCUCGCCCGAACCGGAUCCGUUCGCAGCCCUUCAGCCUCGCUCCGACCACAAGGAAGCGGCAACGCAGACGCCAGCGCCUGCGGCCACCGCCAACGGCGUGCAUCUCGCCAAGGCAUCCACGACGUCCUCGAUACGCAGUGCGGACGACUCGGACCGCUCGUCUAGAGUCGCCUCCUCUUCCAAGAAGAAGAUCGAGGAUGUCGCCGAGGAAGACAAUGCAUCGUCCGCCUUGAAACCCAAGGAUGCCAAGCGCAAGGCUUCCGCAUCCGUCAGCUCCGAAGCCGACCGCGAGGACAAGCGCCUCCGGACCAGCGAGGCGAGCGCCAAGCAGGACUCGGACGCCUUGCGUGUUGAUGGUGAGCACGCAUCGUCACACAAGGAUCGACGAAACGGCGACGCAUCGUCGCGGUCCGCAUCGCCUGUCGCAGAGAAGAAGGCGGCGGUGCAAGAGCAACGCAGCAAGGACAGGGAGGCCAGCAGCGGGAAGAAGAAGAAGGGCGGAAAGUCAGCAGCAGGCGAAAACGGCGAAGGAAGCAAAAAGCGCACCGACAAGGAAGGUUCGUCGCGCAGCAAGGACCCCAAAGCACCGAUACCGCAGCCCAAGGGAGACAAUUUUGUCGAAGAUGCACAGAUCACCACACUGUCAGGGCAUACCGGCGAAGUCUUCAUCUCUGCCUGGAACCCGACUGUACCCAACAUGCUGGCGUCCGGAGGCGGUGACGCGACCGUUCGCAUCUGGGAGGUGCCAGAACAGGCCGGAGAAUCGCCGGAAGCACCCACCAUCUGCAAACACUUGCCCGCAACCCAGAGCAAGGACAUCUCGACGCUCGACUGGAACCCAGACGGCACUCUCCUCGCGUCGGGCUCGUACGACGGCAUCGUGCGCCUGUGGACGCCCCAGGGCGACCUGCAUCUCGUCAUGUCCAUGCACCAGGGACCUGUGAUCAGCGUGCGCUGGAAUCGCAAAGGCAACAUGUUGCUCACGGGCAGCGCCGACGGUACCAUCAUCGUCUGGGAUCUGAACAGCGGCAAGCCUCGACACACCUUCCCCUUGCACAGUGACAGCGUCCUGGACGUCGAGUGGCUGUCCACGGCAGAUGGCUCGCUCAAGCCCAAGACGUCGUCGGAUGUGCCGCCUCCCAUGCCGCACGGACUGAGCCCGUCGGUAGCCGACACCUACUUUGCGUCCUGCUCGGCGGACAACAGCAUCACGUUGUGCAAGCUCGGCGAGCCCAAGCCGGUCAAGACGUUCAAGGGCCACACCGACGAGGUCAACGCGAUUCGCUUUGACCCUUCGCAGACGCUGCUUGCCUCGGUUUCGGACGACAUGACCGCCAAGAUCUGGGCGCUCGACAUCGGCACCAAUGCAGGUGGCGCCGCUUCGACCGUGAGCGCUGGUGGAGACAAUUUGCGCAAGCGAGCUUCGCAGCGCCGGGGCGGCAGCGCGCACCUGGACGGCAUGGAUGUGGACGAAGAGCCUACACCGCGCCCCAACGAAGAUGGCUCCGGUGAUCGUGACCGAGAGAAGGACCGUGCAACGCCGGGGACCGCCAGCGGUAACGCUGCUUCCGGGGCCGCGCCUGCUGCAUCCAACAAGGAAGCUUCGUCGCCAGCACCGGGUAGCAACGGUCACGCGGGCUCGGCCGCCAACCACACGACUUCUUCCGCCCUCAUCGCCACCACCGCAAAAGGUCCCAACAAGGGUCUGCGGCUCACGCUGUCCGGCCACACUAAGGAGCUCUAUGCGCUUGCCUGGUGCCCCACUGGCCCUGGCUCGGCAAACCCGGACCAGCCACGCAUGCUUGCCACCAGUUCGUUUGACUGGACAGCCAGACUUUGGAACGCCGACACUGGCGAGUGCCUGCGCGUGAUCGAUGCGCACGAAGACAACGUAUACACGCUGCGCUUCAGUCCGUGCGCACGUUACCUGGCUACAGGAGGCAUCGACAAGAAGGUGGUCAUCUCGCGCGUUGACAACGGCGCUCUGGUUCAGCAAUAUGUGGGUGGCGGCGCUAUCUUUGACAUUGCAUGGAAGGAUCUGCACGACACGGUCGAGACCAAGCAGGAGGAAGGAGAGAAGGAGGAGGGUGCGGCCGACCAGCCGCUGAGGCUGGCCAAGCGUCACCAACUUGCGAUCUCCCAGGCGGACCGAAAGCUGACGGUGCUCAACCUGGCGGAUCUGGAUGCGGUCAAGUCGACGGCCACCUUCAAGGCGCCACCGCCGGCCGAAGCCAAGUCGGAGGCGAGCACUGCUGCCGAAAAGCCGCCCAAGAAGCAGGCCAGGGGCGGUGUCUGA